AUGCCCCUGGCGAAAGGCUUGACCUUCUCGCACAUCCAGGGCGGUGACACCGCCACGUGGGAGCUCCACCUGCAUGGCAGUGAACUGCAUGUUAAGGCAGAUUGCCCGGCCAACCGGUGGUGCAGCCUUGGCUUCAACAAGGACAAACCCAAGAUGGAUGGCAUAGAUGUCUUCACUUUCGGCCACCAUCCUGGCGUAGACCUCUCGGACUGCCACAAGCUCCGGAGCAACAAAGCCUCCCCAACGACUCCAUCCCCGUUCCUUCCCUAUGAGCGCGAGCUGAAGGUCUGGUUGCCGGCUCCCCCAACACUGCGUGCAGUCGGCGCGCCCCAGAGCCCGAAGGCCUUGGGCGGUGUGGUGGGCAUUGCUUUGAACUCUGUGCUCUUCGUCCACGAGCACCCCGGCGAGGGCAUGACUUGGGUUAUCGACAACUGCGGCGGUCACGGCGACACUUUCGGGCACUACCACUACCAUGCUCCUCCCAUUUGUCUCCUUCGUUCUCUAGGCGUCCCGGUCCCGGAGGCUGCGUGGUGGAAAGCGGGCGGAGCGGAGCAGUGGGCAUCUCAUGGCCCAGAAGUGCAGAUCGGCUGGGCCCUGGACGGCGCGCCCAUCAUGGCCCCUUUCAAGGCCGGCGUGCAGGUGAAGAAGGAGAUGCUGGACGAAUGUCACGGUGCCGUCGACAAUGUCACCGGAGAGUAUAAGUACUACACGGUCUUGGCCCCUCCUUUCAUGCCACCUUGCCUUCGUGGCAAAGUUCUGGGCGAGGUGAAAGGCUACCGCAGCUCCAAGGGAGGAGUGCCCUGCGAACAGUCCCAUAUGGCACCUGCCCCAGCGGCUGUGGUGCCUGCGGUGCCUGUGGUGCCUGCGGCGGCGCGUUCCCAUGCUAUUGCGGUGCUUGCGGAGCAUGCGGCGCCACAGCCUGCGGAGCUUGUGGAGCGUGCGGCGCCACCGCUUGCGGCGCUUGUGGAGCGUGCGGCGCCACCGCUUGCGGCGCUUGUGGAGCAUGUGGCGCCACCGCUUGUGGAGCAUGUGGUGCCAGCGCUUGCGGAGCUUGUGGAGCAUGCGGUGCCACCGCUUGCGGCGCAUGUGGCGCUACAACAUGUGGUACUGGCGGAGCACGCGUCGCCACAGGCGCUUGCGGAGCAUGCGGUGCAGCAUGCGGUGCUGCAUGCGGCGCUGCUUGCGGCGCUGCCUGCGGUGGUGCUUGCGGUGGCUGCGGUGGCUGUGGCACGCACCAAUGUCUUGGCCAGAUGUUCUGCGCCAUGA